AUGGCGCCUGCAGGCGAGACUGAGGCGUCGUCAACUGGCGACCGGCGCCUCGUCCUCAUCUCCAACCGCCUCCCCAUCACAAUCUCAAAGGAGGACGAUGGCACUUUCUCCUACAAGAUGUCCUCGGGCGGCCUCGUCACCGGCCUCAGCGGUCUCAGCAAGACGACAGAGUUCCAGUGGUACGGCUGGCCCGGCAUGGAGCUGCCCGACUCGGAUAUUGAGACGGUCCAGAAGCAGCUCAAGGAAAAAUACAAUGCCCAGGCCAUCUUCAUUGACAACGAGCUCGCCGAUCGCCACUACAACGGCUUCUCCAACUCGAUACUCUGGCCGCUCUUCCACUACCACCCGGGCGAGAUCACGUUUGACGAGUCCGCCUGGGAGGCUUACAAGCAGGUCAACAUGAUCUUUGCAAAGGCCAUUGUCAAGGACCUCCAAGAUGGCGACCUCGUCUGGGUUCACGACUACCACCUCAUGCUCCUCCCCGAGAUGCUGCGCAGCCAGCUCGGCGAUAAGAAGAACAUCCGCAUCGGCUACUUCCUCCACACGCCUUUCCCCAGCAGCGAGAUUUACCGUAUCCUCCCCGUCCGCGAGGCCCUGCUUGAGGGCCUCCUGCACUGCGACCUCCUCGGUUUCCACACCUACGACUACGCCCGCCACUUCCUCAGCUCCUGCUCCCGCAUCUUGGGAACCACGACCACGCCCACGGGCAUUGUCUUCAACAACCGCUUCGUCACGGUUGGGGCGUUCCCUAUUGGCAUCGACCCCGAGAAGUUCACCGAAGGGCUGCAGAAACCCUACGUACAGGACAAGAUCGCGUUCUGGUCGCGCAAGUUUGAGGGCAUGAAGCUCAUUGUUGGCGUUGACAGGUUAGACUACAUCAAGGGCGUGCCUCAGAAGCUCCAUGCUCUCGAGGUCUUCCUGACAGAACAUCCCGAGUGGCGUGGCAAGAUUGUCCUCGUACAGGUGGCUGUCCCCUCCCGGCAGGAUGUCGAAGAGUACCAGAACCUGCGGGCCGUCGUUAAUGAGCUUGUCGGCCGCAUCAACGGCAAGUUCGGCACGGUCGAGUACAACCCCAUCCACUACCUCCACCAGAGUGUAAACCCGGACGACCUCUGCGCGCUCUACGCGGUGUCGGAUGUCUGCCUUGUCAGCUCGACGCGCGACGGCAUGAACCUCGUCUCGUACGAGUACAUUGCCACACAGCGCGAGAGGCACGGCGUCAUGAUUCUGUCAGAGUUUACUGGCGCGGCACAGUCUCUCAACGGCAGCCUGAUUGUCAACCCUUGGAACACUGAGGAUCUGGCCAAUGCCAUCCACGAUGCCGUCACCAUGUCUGCCGAGCAGAGGCAGCUCAACUACAAGAAGCUGGAGAAGUACGUCUUCAAGUACACCUCGGCAUGGUGGGGACAGACUUUUGUCAAGGAGCUGCUCAAGGUCGGAAACACGCUGGAGGAUGGACACGGCCAUGCCAGAGGCUCCAUCUCUGGCGCCUUGGCUGGAGCGGGCGAGGCUGUCCAGGACGCCGUCAACAAGGCGAUGGAGGCCACCCGGCUAGGAUCAUAG